AUGGGACACCUAUACAGCUUUUGCAUUCUUACAAUCCUAACUUUGGUGGGGUCCAGUGUAAAAGUCCAAUAUCAUGGAGAUCAAGUUUUAAAAAUUACUCCUCAAACUUCCAAUCAUGUGGAGUUUCUUCAAGACAUCUGCAAUCAGUUACACCUUGAUCUGUGGAAGCCAGACAUAACAGCAGCAAUUCUUCCGGGGAAGGAAGUGCACGUCCAUGUGCCAUUUUCACUCUUGCAGAAUGUAAAAGAAAGUUUUCUUCAGAAUAAUAUUUCAUACGAAGUUAUGAUUCCUGAUGUACAAAAAGUUAUACAGCACCAAACAAUGGCUGCACCAGAAAACCAGAAGAGAUCAUUGAACAACUUUGAUUACACUAAAUAUCAUCCAAUGCAUGAGAUUUAUGACUGGAUGACGCAAAUUAGAGAGGAGUACGAUGAUAUUGUAACACUACAUCAUCUAGGAACAACAUAUGAGCAAAGACCUAUUUUUUAUUUCAAGAUUGGAUGGCCCUCUGACCAGAAGAAGAAAAUAAUUUGGAUGGACUGUGGGAUUCAUGCUCGGGAAUGGAUCUCAGUGGCAUUUUGCCAGUGGUUUAUUAGAGAGAUUCUUGAAAAUCAACAUAGUAAUCCCGUGUUAAACAAGGCUCUUCGCAAUAUAGAUUUCUAUAUCGUUCCAGUCCUUAAUAUCGAUGGAUUUAUUUAUUCAUGGACUACGGAUCGUCUUUGGAGAAAAAGUCGCUCAUCACAUAAGAAUGGCACCUGCUAUGGAGUUGACCUUAAUCGUAAUUUUGAUGCACAAUGGUGCUCCAUCGGGGCAUCUGAGAACUGUAGCACCCUGACAUACUGUGGAACUGGACCUAAUUCAGAACCAGAGUCAGCUGCCGUAGCAGACCUUGUGGGAAGCCUCAAAUCUGAGAUCUUGUGCUUCCUGACCAUUCACUCGUACAGCCAAUUAAUUCUACUUCCAUAUGGUUAUACCAAAGACCCAUCCAAAAACCAUGAUGAAAUGCUCACUGUUGCUGAGAAGGCUGCAGCUAAACUCCAACAGAGACACGGCACCACAUAUCAAGUUGGAUCCUCAGCUCACAUACUCUAUAGCAGUUCAGGAUCAUCUAGAGAUUGGGCCGCAGAUCUGGGAAUUAAUUUUGUUUACACGUUUGAGUUGAGAGACAAUGGAACAUACGGCUUUGAGCUUCCUGAAAACCAGAUUAAGCCAACCUGUGAGGAGACAACGGAUGCAGUUCUGACUAUUGUUGACUAUCUCAAUGAAAAAUAUUUUAACAGUGCGAACAGUCUUCUCUCUACUAACUUGUGGAUAAAUCUGUGUUUACCAUUCAUCAUUGCUAUAUAUUAUUAA